UGGAGGCCUGAUAGGGUGGGCCCCGACGCUCGCUCGUCCGGGUUUCCCGGCUUCGUGCUUGUUCGCGGUUCAAAAUUUGAACCCAAACGGCUCCGGGCCUCGUAAGCCGAAGAAGAGCACAACGGCCAGCGCACGGCAAGCCUCACGUUUCCCACGUCUCCGCUUCCUCGUCCCAUUUGGCCGUUUCCCCUCUCCUCGCCUCGCCUCGUCGUGGCAGGGGAGAGAGAGAGACCCCCCGGUCUUGGGAAAAGUUUGGGUUUUGGCGUUGUGGCUGGCGUCCAUGGGGGCGUCGGGCAAGUGGAUCCGGACUCUGGUGGGGCUCAAGUCGACGGCGGAGAAGGAGAGGCCCGGCGCGGGGGUGAAGGUGCGGAAGUGGAGUCGGCUGUGGCGGAGCUCGUCCUCGCAGAAGGGCGGCGCGGGGAGCGCGUCGGUGUCGGAGGCGCCGUCCGAGGCGUCGUCCACCGCCGACGCGCUCAGCCUCAGCUCCGUCGUCGCGGCCGUGGUGCGCGCGCCGCCCAGGGACUUCCGCUUGAUCAGGCAGGAGUGGGCCGCCGUCCGCAUCCAGACCGCCUUCCGCGCCUUCCUGGCGAGGAGGGCGUUGAGGGCGCUGCGAGGGAUCGUGCGGUUGCAGGCUCUGGUGCGCGGCCGCCGCGUACGCCAGCAGCUGGCCGUCACAGUAAAGUGCAUGAACGCGCUCGUGCGGGCGCAGGAGCGCGCGCGGGACCGCCGCUCCAGGAUCUCGGCGGACGGCCGCGACGCGCACGACGUCCUCGACGAGCGAAGCUACCGCGCCGAUCCUGUCAAGGAAGCAGAGGCAGGAUGGUGUGAUAGUCAAGGCACUGUGGAUGACUUGAGAUCAAAGAUACACAUGAGGCAUGAGGGUGCGGUAAAGAGAGACAGGGCAAUUGCUUAUGCUCUUUCUCACCAGAGGAGUUCAAGCCACAGUGGAAGACCUAGCUCUCCUGCUGUCUCUCUUAGGAAUCAUGGGACUAACAGAAGCGAUCAUAAUUGGAGCUAUUUGGAAGGGUGGAUGACAACAAAACCUUGGGAGAACCGCCUUAUGGAGCAAACGAAUACUGAACACUCCACCAAUUCAGGGUGUUCAGGGAGCAUUGAGGAAAUGAACGCAGCCAUCUCAAAACUUUCGGUUGCAAGCUCAGUCAAGAUCAGAAGAAACAAUGUGACAACUAGGGUGGCAGCAAGGCCUCCUUCCACAAUCUCAGCUUCUUCUGAUUUCGUGUGCGAUGCGAGCUCCCCAUCUACUUCUUCAGUUACUCCAGUGUCUGGCACCAAUCUCCUAACAUCAGAGAGAAGAUUUGAUUGUGGUCAGGGAAGUGGACCGAACUACAUGAGCUGGACUAAAUCGGCCAAAGCAAGGUUGAAUGGUUCUAGCUCCCAUAAGCCACCGCUUCAAAGGCAACGGUCUUCUGAUCUGCACCACAACAGCAGGAUGGCAUUAUCUUCCGUAGAUGUUCAAAGCACCGCUGGCUCGGAGGUUUCAGUUACUUCUAAGAGGUUAAACAGUCUGACUCUGAAAGGUCGAAGCACUAGAAGAAGUUUGGACAAGGAGAAUGAUGGUCAGCCUGUUGCCUUGUUUUAGGACUUAGUCCUAAUUAUUUCCAUAAUAUACAUUAGGUAUAUUGAUGUUAACUUGUAUGUGUGCUCUGAUGUUAAUGCCUCAUUGCUUAUUUUGGUGUCAUCAACAUUUCUGAUGUACAAACUAGCCAAAGGUUGAACUGUUUCUAUGUCUGCUGCGGUGCUGCACAGGUAACUUUCAGGGUUAUAAACCUGGUUGAAGUUAUGCAGGAUGGUGAUAGUUUAGACUGGACUGUGAUAACUGUGUUUCUUGCCUUGCAG